AUGCAAGCAGAAGAAGACCAGGUUGAACACUUGAUGAGGGAAGGGCUCCUUGCACAAGAUCAGCAUCACAGUCAAAGUGACACGACGGAGAUGCCUGGUUUGGUGACACGGGCGGAUUCCUUUCCAGGUGCGCAAGAGAUGUCUAUGGAAGCUCAAGCGCUGUCUCCUUCCGACAAAAAGCGCAACAAACUUGGUUAUCAUCGAACUGCGGUGGCAUGUGGCCAUUGUCGACGUCGCAAGAUUCGCUGCAUUGCCGCAAUUGACGAUUCCUCUGGUCGAUGUCAAAACUGUAUUCGCUUGAAGAAAGAUUGCCACUUCUACCCUGUCGAUCAGAGCUCGACGCCAGGGAAGCGUCCGAGGUCUGGAACCAAGUCCGAAAGUAUUUUUAUCGAAGGCGAUGCUUCUGUUGCCUCCUCCUCCCCCGGCGCUAUGCUCAGAAGCAGCUCAUUCGAACAUAUGGAUCAAGAUGAAGGUUUCGAGUACCCCCAUCCUUUUGACCCUCACCAUAUACAGCAGCAACAGCAAGGGCAGACGGCCGCGCCUCCCACCUAUCUCGACCAGGCCCCUGGACAUUUUGCGUCCGAACCUAUAAAUUCAGGAUAUUAUCCUAGUUAUGCACACAACGUCCCUGGGACGUACACGUCAGCCUUCCCAACGGGCUCGCUUCCUUCAACGAUGCCAAUGACACAGGGCAGCGCGUAUAGCUACCCGACGUCGCAUCCGAUGGAAGCCUAUGACUGGGGUCAGAUGACACAAAGGCCUAUGUCUGGCGCAGAGGCUGAGGACAUGCAGCAUGGGUUUCCUGCAGCCUAUCGAAGCCAUACCUAUCCGAAUUUUGAUCGGAGAAUGACAGGACCCCAACAACAGAUGCCCUCAACGAACCAUGGAAUGAUGGGUCUCGAGCUUGACCAUCAGCACAGCUCGAUCCUGGCAACUACCCGCGAGCCGACCUCAUACCAACCGCUUCAUGACUUCAAUGAAUGGACAGGAGCAGCGUCUGGACAGCAGGCACACCAUACUGAAUCUGCUCCAACAUCGUACCCACACGGCUGGUACCCGCAUACCUCGACGAUGACAGGAAACAGACAAGAGAGGGGUCCAUCUCAUAUACUGCUUUCACAACGUCAUGACUUUCGCGGCAGUCAACACAAACCAGGUUGA